CAAAAAUCACAACCCACCAAAACUAGAUCUCCAAAUUCUCAAACCACAAUUUUACAGUGUAAAGGGUCUUGCAAGCAAAGAUGAGCCACUUCCCCAACUUGUUCAUCUCCUCUUUCCUCUCCACCUUGCUACUUUUGGUGACCAUCACCAAUGCAAAUGUGAUAGACAUCUUCAACAACUGUCCUUACACCGUCUGGGCCGCGUCCACCCCCAUCGGAGGUGGACGUCGCCUCGACCCCUACCAGACCUGGACCAUCUACCCGCCGGCUGGCACUUCCAUGGCUCGUAUCUGGGGUCGCACCAACUGCAAUUUCGAUGCCAGUGGCAGAGGAUGGUGCCAGACAGGCGACUGCGGUGGGGUCCUCAACUGCAACGGUUGGGGGGUACCGCCAAACACGCUGGCCGAGUAUGCGCUCAACCAGUUCUCCAACCUGGACUUCUACGACAUAUCGCUGGUGGAUGGGUUCAACAUCCCGAUGAUCUUCACUCCCACCAACAACGUCGGUUCCGGCAACUGUCAGAGUCUAACCUGCGCGGCGGAUAUCAACACCCAAUGCCCCAACGAGCUGCGAGCCCCGGGUGGCUGCAACAAUCCUUGCACCGUGUUUAAGACCAAUGAGUUUUGUUGCACUCAAGGCUAUGGGACUUGUGGGCCAACAUAUUUCUCUAGGUUCUUUAAGGAUAGGUGUCCUACCUCUUACAGUUACCCUCAGGAUGAUCCCAGCAGCACUUUCACCUGCCCUAGUGGUACCAACUAUAGGGUUGUGUUUUGUCCCUACGGAGCUACUCAUCCUACCAUCAACAACAACCACAACAGUACUAAUGUCAAUUUGGAGAUGGUUACCGAGAAGAUCAACUCCGAGUAGUCGAUCGAUCGGUAUGAUUAAGGCAACAUGCUCUUAUGUUGGUUAUGUGGUGAUCGGUAUCAGUUCUAGGAAAGGAGACAAUUGGUCGGUGUUCUUGCUUUUUCUUUGGUGUUUUCGUGUUGAAAUGAGAAUAAAAGUAAAGAAGUCUU